AUGAGCCAAGUCGUCGCCAGCGUGACGUCGGGAGACCCCGCCUCGUUGCUGAAUGCUCAAUUGGCAUCGGCAUUGAGUACGAUGGGCGAUGCUCAAUUUUGGGAAGAGAAUAUUUCUCCCAACACAAUUCGCGCCGAGUUGUCGUCGUCGGAUCCGUCCAAUCCACAUUCGACUCCCAAGCUUCUCAAGGGCAUGAAAUGGCUGCUGGCCAGUAUUAGCAAGGGCCGAGACGUGUCGGAUUUCUACCCUCAUGUGGUCAAAAUUGUGGGAGCAUCGUCGUUGGAAGUGCGUAAAAUGGUCUACAUGUUUUUGGUCCAAUACGCCGAUAAGGAUUCCACCACGCGGGAACUCUCGCUGCUGAGUAUCAAUUCCUUUCAACGCGGAUUGGCCGAUUCCGAGCAACUCAUUCGAGCACUCGCACUGCGGGUCUUGACCAGUAUUCGAAUUCCGGAUAUUUUACAAAUUCAGAUCUUGGGAGUCCAAAAAUGCAGCAAGGACAGUUCGCCGUAUGUCCGAAAAUGCGCCGCCAAUGCUUUGGCCAAACUCAGUCCGCGCUGUUUGGAAGCCAACAACAAAGAUUUGCACGAAAUGCUCUUGGAAAUCAUGAAGAGUUUGUUGGAUCAUGAUUCUAGUACCAUGGUCUUGACGUCUUGCGUCAUUGCCUUUACAGAACUCUGUCCUCAUCGGUUGGAAUUGCUACACACCAGUUUUCGCAAACUCUGUCACUUAUUGACCGAUAUGGAUGAAUGGGGACAAGUGGUCGUCAUUGAUACGAUGGGGCGGUACUGUCGCAAAUUCUUUCGAGAACCGCGCGCUUGGAGAGAAGGAACGGCGGAAAAAAUUGAUCGAGAAAGACGAGUUCGAAGGACGCUCAGUGGCAUUAUCAAUGAAACCGAUGUGGUCGGAUCUGGACUCGAUGCGCUCGUGGCAUCCGAAAAGAAGGACAAGAAAAAAGCUAAACACGACAAACUACCACCGCAUCCCAAUUCCAUUUCGCCCAAAAAGGUCAAGCGACGGGUCGUCAAGAAGGGAUUUUAUUCCGAUGAAGAAGAUGAAUCCACAGAAGAAGAUGUAUACGCGGACGGGCCGUCCCUGUCGGGUGUCAUGCGACAACGAGAUGUCAUGGGAUUCUCCUCGUCGUCGGUUGCUGCUGCUGCUGGCAGUGUGGUGCCCGUCGCUGCCAUGAAUGAAGAUGCCGAUGAAGAUCAAGAUCUAAACGAAGAUCACCGACUGCUGCUGCGAUCGGCCAUGCCGCUUUUGAAAAGCAGAAAUUCUGGAGUGGUUUUGUCCGUCUGUUCUCUACAAUAUUAUUGUGGUGUCUCCAGUAUCAAGGUUCGAUCGUCCAUUGGAAAGGCGCUGGUGCGAAUUCACAGGGAUCGGAGAGAAAUUCAAUACGUCGUAUUGACAUCGAUUCGAACACUGGUCCAUGAAUGUCCAUCGGCAUUUGCUCCUUUCCUGCAGGAUUUUUUUGUCAUGGCAAUGGACCCUUCCUUUACCCGAAUGAUCAAAUUGGAUAUCCUGACUGCAUUGGCAUUGGAACCCAACUCGAUUGAAGCUGUGUUGGAAGAAUUAAAAACGUAUGUCCGACAUGGAGACAAAAACUUUGCCUGUGCUUCGGUCCGAGCCGCAGGCACCGUCGUGGAGUUAGCGCGGAUCGUAUACGAUCGACACGGCGCUAAAUCGGGUGACAAGGCCGAGGAACGACGGAGUGCCAAUACGAUUGCUCUCAACUGUUUGCAGGGAUUGGUGGUAUUGUCUCAUUGUGAUUCGGAACAUUCUAUGGUGGUCGGUGAAUGCGUCAUGGUUAUGCAACGCAUCUUGUUACAACUGAGUUCGGACAAUUCUGUCUAUGCGGUGGAAGAUCCUAAUUUUAUUCAGGGUAUGGCGCUGCGGAGACUCAUUGUGUUGCUAGUGAAUGCCUUGAUGGUUAGAAGCAAAGCAAUCGAAAUCGAGGAGAACGCUGACAGAAACGUUGACGACGACGAUGAAUCAGAGGCGGAGGUUAGUCCAUUGGAAAAGGAAGGUUGUGCCAGUAUCCCACCCGAAGCCUUUGCGUCGGCUCUGUGGAUUAUUGGUGAGUGGGCCUCCCGACAAAAUGGACAGAGUAGCUCCGAAUCAACGGGUCUUCGGAUACACAAAAUGGACGCAGACUCCUUUGAAAAGAUCCGUUUUGAGCUCUGCCGCUUGAUUGCCCAGUCAUUUGUCGCACUGGAACUUCAAGAAAAACUUCAAGCAAUUCACUUCGCCUCGAAGGUCUUGGUUUCGUGCAGAAUCAAUAGUGGAAGCAACAACACGCAAGAAAUGGCUCUCUGCGAACACAUUCUCUCCAUGGGUCGCCUCGAGCCGAAUCCAAACGUUCGAGAUCGGGCACGCUUCGAAAGCAAUUUGAUCCACAUUGCCAUUGGCCUUCAGUUCGACACUGACACUCUGGAGGGGCUGCCAAUGGGACCAAUCGCCUGCAAACCGACUAUUGAAACCCUGCAGCAUGUGUUUCUCAGGCCAAAACCAGCACCAUCGUCGCUACCGUUGGAAGAUGUCCACUUCAAGCAGCGAGCGGCUAUGGGAGAAAGCGGGGGAAACUUCCGAUUCGGCACAUUGAGUAGCCUCGUUGGUCACCGGGCAAGGGCAGCUUACAUACCACUGCCGCCGUGGGCCUCCGAAGAUAGUCCAUCGUCUGUGAGAGACCCACAAACUCCUUCCUCGGCAGGAGCUGAUGACGUCGCUGGUGCGACCAAGGCAAAUGGUGCAGGAUUCUACGAUGAAUCAGAUACGGAUGAUGAGAGCAGUAGCAGCAGCGAUUCGUCAGACAGCGACAGCGAUUCUUCGGAUGAUGAGACGUCCGACAAGGAUGAUAGUGAAUCGACAAGCUCGGAUGAAAGCAGUGACGAUAAUGCACCAACAAUGCCAAUCCAGCCUUUUGCUUCUCAGGUUCAGCAGCCACUGCCUUUUUCGGGACAGCAAUUUGGUGGCAUGCCAGUUACUCAUCAAUCACCAUCAGCCGCUCAGCAUCUCGAAAUGCCAUUUGCUCCUCAACCAGAAACCGUCGAGUCCUCGUCUUCCGAUGAUUCGUCGGACUCUGAUUCGUCUUCAGGCGAGGCGAACGCUCAACCUAACAGUUUUGGUAAUGUAGGCAACCUCAUUCCCAUGGACGGGACGCCAGCACCCCAACUGCAACACAUGACAAGCCAUACCAGCACCAAGACGAAUGGUUCGACCGCGUCAUCUGUGGCUGACGAUCUGAGAGGCCUCGUUCUUGAGCCAAUCGUUGUGGACGCGAGUGACAACGGAGAGCCAAACAUUGAAAAGGAGUCUAGCGCAUGGUUUGAAUUGGUGCGCUCACAGCACAGCGGCGGGCUUUCGGUGAAGGUGCGAUAUCUUCGAGGCAAGACAAAGACACGUGAAGUUCAGCUGCUGGGUAUGGCGGCAGAGAAGUCUAGCACCGUAUGUCUUCAAGUGCGGUUUGAGAACCAGAAAGCGGAUGGAGGCGUCAUAAGGCGCCUGAGAAUCCUGCAACGAUCAUCUGCGACGUCGUCGUCUCAUAUCGGCCCGAAGAAGGUAGUUGUACCCGGAGAGAUUGCGCAAUUGAGGCAAGGUCAGAUGUCGUCUGUCAUGGUGGGCAUUGACUUUGCGAGCCCUUCAGACCGCGACGAAUCGUUGCAGGCAAAGUUCGACAUCAAGUUCAAUGGUGGGAGCAUCCCAGUGGAGGUGCGACCCCCCUUGGUGCAUCUGAUGCAGUCUUGUCAAAGAAGCGAUAGUGACUUUGGCAGUGGCAUGGCGAAGCUACAAGGCUUCAACAGAGUGGACGCAUCAUUCUCUUUGGCCAACCCUUCAUUCUUGACAACACAUUGGAUCCUGAAGCAUGCCAGCUUUACCCCUGUUUCUAUGUCAGACAAGCUGAAGGAAGGCCUUCGCUUUGUUGGAUGUCUACCCGCCAGUGGUGACCCUGUGUUUGUUUUGGUUGCCUGCUCUGAAAGCGGUGUUGGCAAGCUGACUGUGUGUUGUGAGCAAGCCCUGGCGGUGAAUGGUAUCACCAAUUCUUUGAAGAAAGCAAUUGCCGAGGCCUCCAAAGCUGCGAAGUAA